AUAACGGUGCUUGUUUGCGGAAGUGAUCAAAGCCAAAGGACGAAGAUUGUGCAGGCAUGAUGGAGGUGCGGAGGAAAUUAUUGAACUCGGUUGAAAAGUGCGUAGACGAGGCUUUGGAGGGUCUCGUCAGGAGUAACGGGGGUCUGGCGCUGCUGCGGGGCCACAGAGUUGUGCUGCGGUCCGAUCUGGAGAGCAUUAAGGGAAAGGUAGCGCUCCUUUCCGGAGGAGGAUCCGGCCACGAACCCGCGCAUGCAGGUUAUAUUGGCGUGGGAAUGCUGUCCGGAGCUGUGGCGGGAGCAGUAUUUGCGUCUCCUCCUCCAGGCAGUGUGCUGGCCGCCAUUCUGACUCUGUGGAAGGGGGGUGCUUCGGGAGUCCUGCUCAUCGUGAAGAACUACACGGGUGACCGCCUAAACUUUGGCAUAGCUGUCGAACAGGCCCGGACACAGGGCAUGCAUGUGGACAUGGUGAUUGUGGCUGAUGACUGCGCCUUCGCUCAGCCCAGCAAGGCCGGCAGGAGAGGCUUGUGUGGAACUGUGUUCAUUCAUAAGAUGGCUGGAGCUCUGGCAGAGAAAGGCUGUCCAUUGGAUGAAAUUGUUGCACGGAUGAACGAAGCAACAAAAAAUAUUGGCACGCUGGGUGUUAGUCUGUCUCCAUGCAGUGUGCCUGGAUGCCUUCCAUCUUUCCAGCUUCCACCAGGAGAGAUGGAGCUGGGACUGGGGAUCCACGGAGAACCAGGUAUUAAGAGAUCAAAAGUGGCCUCUGCUGAUGAAGUUGUGAAAACCAUAAUAAGUCACAUGACCGAUUCCUCGAACAAAUCACAUCUGUCCUUGAAAUCAGGAGACAAGGUGGUGCUGUGUGUGAAUAAUCUUGGUGCACUCUCAUGUUUGGAAAUAGCUGUGGUUUCUAAAGUGGCCGUACACUGCCUAGAGGAGCGUGGUGUGCUGGUUGUCAGGGUGAUGUCGGGGUCAUUUAUGACAUCAUAUGUUAUUUCUGAUUUGUGUUUCUCAGAUGCUAAAACCACAGCCCCGGCCUGGCCUAACCUCAGCACAGCCUCUGUGAGUGGGAGGAACAUGUUCAUGAAACCUGAAGAAAAACCUGGCGCAUCUUCAGAUAAUUAUAAUGAAGGUUCGCUGUCUUCAGUCAUUCGACUGGUGUUGGAGUCCGUGUGCAAGAUCCUCCUGCAGCACCAAGAGGAACUCAACGCUUUGGACCGUGCAGCAGGAGAUGGAGAUUGUGGGAGCACACAUGCUCUCGUAGCUAAUGCCAUUCAGGACUGGCUCCACACUAGCAGAAUCCCUGGGAAUUUUGGCCAGCUUCUAGCAGAGCUUGCUCUGUUGGUUCAGCAAAGCAUGGGAGGAUCAUCAGGGGCGUUAUACUGCCUCUUUUUGUCUGCGGCUGCCCCUCAUCUCAAGCAAAACUGUGAUGGUGCAGCUUGGGCAAAGGCAUUGCAUGCUGGGACAGAAGCCAUGAAGAGAUAUGGAGGUGCUGAACCAGGGGACCGGACCAUGCUUGAUGCCCUGUGCCCUGCUGUGGAAGAGUUGAUGAAACUUUCCACGACGGUGCCUCCUGAUGGUCACAUAGCUAUACUACAAUCAGCAGUGGAGAAAGCCGAUUUGGGAGCGGAAGCAACCCGCAAUCUCACUGCAAGGGCUGGACGUGCCAGUUACGUUGCGUCUGAACAUUUGACCCAGCCUGACCCUGGUGCCGUAGCGGUUGCUGCCAUUCUGAAGGCUAUACUCAAUGCUUUGAAGGCCUAGAGAUAGAGAAGCUCACCAAUAGUUUCUUAAGGAACAGUAAUGCAAAAGGCUGUAAACAAAACACGAGUUUGCUAACAUUUGAUUAUAGCAGCUCUU